CCUCGAUCGCAGCUGGUACGCAGCUCGUAGUCUACUAUUUCGUCUUCACAUUGGCCAUUGGUACUACCGUCGCCAGAAUGUCCUCCGUACUCUCAUCCUUCAACCGCUCGCGGCCGACAUCGCCCAUCAAGCCUCCCUCUCCCCUCAAACCGCCCAGCAAGAGCAGCAGCAGUAGCCAACAUCCGCGUCAGUCCUCGGGUGUGUACUCGACCUUUUCCACCAAGCAGAUCCAGGGGUUCAAAGAGGCAUUCAACAUGCUCGAUGAGGAUUCUAACGGCAUGGUGUCGAGGGAAGAUCUCAAGGCGACGCUCAGAAAUUUGGGUGGAGAGGAUAGUGAGGCGGUGGUGAAGAGGUACUUUGAUAGCGCUGUUGGUGGACAAAAUGCUGCAGGGAUCAAUUUCACACAAUUCUUGACAAUGUUCGGGGAGCAUCUCAACGAAAUGGAUGAAGCACCUACGUUGCGAGAGGCAUUCGAAUGCUUCGACGAGAAGGACGACGGUGUCAUUGAUGCAGCCGAGCUUAGGCAUUGGCUCUCUAGUGUGGGUGAUCGCAUGACAGAUGAUGAGAUCGAUCGCCUUCUCUCAGGUCCAUUCACGGAUCGCGGCGGUAAGAACUUCGACUAUAGAGCCUUCGUGGAAGCCGUCAAGAUGUCAGAGCCUGCCGAGCUGGAGUGAGAGCUCUGGUCCGCUUUUUCUCCACCCUCUCAUCCACUUCCUUGUCCAUAGAGCCGAGCCUUCCAGAUGAGCUGCCCCAGCACAUCUUUUGUACUUUUACUUUUGUGUCAGACUUCUACUACCCCCGAAUCUCGAUUUUACCUGCAAGCCCACAGGACGUCAGCCACGCUCGCACCUGUGAAGAUGGCCAGAGACGUCCUUCUGGUCCAGUCCAGGGCGUCAG